UUUUUUUGGGCAGCUAAAAAAACACCAGGGGGCCUAAUCGAAUGCUAAAGGAGGCACAGGCUGUACGUAUGUCCGCCUCCUUGAUCAAGAUUGCAUAUGACUCGCAACAUCGUGGAGCGGCUACCUCACAGCAGCAUAGCAGCAUUGUUACUAGCUGUGGUUAUGUUAUUCGGAAUUGUUGUCCUAUGCGGUGGGAGUCUUGGGCACAAAUUCCCGAGGAGACGAAGAAACUGGUGCGAGACAAGUUGUCGGUCAAUUUUGAUGUUAAGGACUUAUCCCCUGAGGUCAGUGCCUACUUAGAGGGGACCUUAGCAAACCGGUACAAAGAUUGGAAGAGCGCUUUUCACACGCAUUUUUAGCUAUGGGAUGAUCCGGAGAUUGCUCGCCUAGAGGGUUGCCCAAACGACUUGAGGGACCGGCCAGAGGAUUGGGAGUGGCUCUGUAAACAUUUUAUGGAUCCAAAAUUUGUGAAGAAAUCUAUUGCUGGCAAGAAAGCUCGGGACUCAAAGACACUUCUCCACCAUUCCGGUUCGAAGCCCUUUUCGUAUAGGCUUGAGGCACGACGUCAGGAGGGUUCUAAGUUCCCACAGAUUGACUUGUUCAAUGACGUUUACGUUCGACCCGGCAAUGAGACCACUAAGGAGCUUCAUGAUGUUAUGGUGGAAAAGUCCACUGCUGUUCUCCAAGAAGCAACAUCCCAGCUUCCCCCGGAGACCCCGAUCGAGGAAGUCAAUGUACCCGAGGAUGCAGAUAUUCAGAUCGUGACUGAGGUCUUGGAUCAGAAGUUGGGUCGUCGUUAUGGCAAGGUUGUUCGAUGUAUGGGGAAGGCGGGGGUUCGUGAGACGGGUGCCUCCUCUUCCAGAUCGUCCACAGGAGAGGUCAAUGCCUUGAAGGAGGAAGUGACAACCCUAAAAGGUCAGCUUGUGGCCCAGGGCGAGCACAUUAGGACCCAAGACGAGAGGAUGAGUAUGAUUGUACAAGCUUUAGCGAUGUCCGGCCUCCAGAUCCCGAUGCCAACACGUGAUGUUGCUCCACCUUCAACUUCCCAGCCACUUCAUCCAGCUGAUACCCAGUAGCAUGAUGUAUCCUAGAAGACUAGUAGUUUUUUUUAUGUUUUUGGACAUCUUGUGUGUACAUUUUUAUAUAUUUUAUAAUUAAAUAUUUU